ACGACAAGAUCUAUGGUCUUUAGUGGAAGUUGUUAUUUUAUUGAAUAUAUUUUCCAUCUUUCCCAUAUUAGUAAUUAAUUAAUCAAUUAAUUAAGUUGUAAAUCAUGCCACCGAAAAAAGCACCAGCGGCCGGGCCUAGCAAAAAAACCGAACAGAAAAAGAAAGAAAAAGUUAUCGAGGAUAAAACAUUCGGAUUAAAAAAUAAAAAGGGGGCUAAGCAGCAAAAAUUUAUUCAACAAGUAGAAAAGCAGGUUAAAUCUGGCGGUCAUCAUCCAGUUAAAGAAGAUCCAGCAAAGAAAUUGGAGAGAGAGAAGAAACUUAAAGAACAAAAGGAAUUGGCAAUGCUAUUUAAACCAGUCCAAACACAAAAAGUGGAAAAGGGUGCAGACCCGAAAUCAAUUGUAUGUGCAUUUUUCAAACAAGGCCAGUGUGGCAAAGGUGAUAAAUGUAAGUUUUCUCAUGAUCUUACAAUUGAAAGGAAGGCUGAAAAACGUUCUUUGUAUGUGGACAUGAGGGAUGAUGAACUAGAAGAUACGAUGGAUAAUUGGGAUGAAGAAAAACUUAAAGAAGUAAUAGAAAGAAAACAUGGUCAAAGUAACAAGACAAUGCCUCAUACUGAAAUUAUUUGUAAACAUUUUCUAGAAGCUGUCGAAAAGUCAAAAUAUGGUUGGUUUUGGCAAUGUCCUUCAGGAGAGAAAUGUAUUUACAGGCAUGCUUUACCACCUGGUUUUGUACUUCAAAAAGAUAAAAAGAAAGAUGCCAAGAAAAAUGAAAUUUCUAUUGAAGACUUAAUUGAAAGAGAAAGGGCUGCUUUGGGACCUAAACAAACCAAAGUAACUUUAGAAACAUUUUUAGCUUGGAAGAGGAGAAAAAUUGAGGAAAAAAUUGACAAUGCCAAAAAAGAAGAAGAGAAAAAACGAAGUGAUUAUAAAGCAGGCAGACAAGUUGGUCUUUCUGGUAGAGAAAUGUUCAGUUUUAAUCCUGCCCUUGCUGCUGAGCAAGAUAUGGAGGAAGGGGAUGAGGCAUUCGAUUCAUAUGCUGUAGAAGACGAAGAUGAAGGCAUAGAAUAUAAAGAAUUAGUUUUAGACAACCUUGCAUUAGAAGCACAAGAAGCUGAUGAUACAGGGACAUUGGCUCUAGAGGGGAGAUUAAAAAAUAAUAAUUUGGGGCAUUCUGAAAAAGAGAAUGGAAUAUCUGAAGGAUCCCAAGAUGAUAAUAUCACUAAUGUACCAAUUAAUGAAAAUUUGUUUGCAGAUGAGGAUUUAGAUGGUCUUGAUGAAGAAUUAAAUGACUUGGAUAUUGAUAAAUGAUAUUAAAAGGUGGACUACAUCUACAUAAACAGCUGAUAUAAUGUAGAACAUCAAUAAAAAUGUUUUAGAUAAGCUGUAAAACAUAAAUUAUGUCUGUAAUUUUUAUCAAUAAGAAUUAAUCGUUUACAUA